UAUUUGAAGCGCAGAUCUGGAUCCACUCAAAGCACCAAACCCAACUCAAACUCAAACUAAACAGCACAAAAACAAUACAAUAUACACAAUACAUCACAACACACCAACACUUCUCUCACUCACUGCCACUCUUACCAGUCUUUUGUUUUUAUACUUUCAAAGGAGAGAGAGAGAGUGUGUGUGUCUGUGUAAGGUAGUGUUUAGAAAGAGAGAAUCUAGAGAGAGAGAGAGCUUAGGUAACAGCUUUCAGCUUCUUCACUGCUCACUUAAUAGCCCUGACCCCAAAAAACAAAGCAGCAGCAGUGAAGCAAUUGAAUGGUUCUUCUCUGCUCCAGCUGCUGCUGCUAGACUCUGCAAACCAGCAUAGGAAGAAGGCGGUGGUUUGGCUUUUGUAGUAAAGCUUGACACUUUUGACUGCUAUUAUUUAUGUUUGAAGAGAGAAAUAGAGAGAAACAGCAACAGGAAAGUACCUUCUUUCAUGGGAAUAAGAGAGAGAGAGGCACUAUACUACUAUUCAGCAUCACAAGUUGGUAGGUAGGGUUUGUGUGUGGUUGAGAAAGAAAGUUUACUUGUAUAGAGUGAGAGAGAAAGAUAACACUUUACUCUCACAUACCCAAAGGAACAAACAAAACCAAAAACUAGGAGAGGCAGGUCGGUUGGUUGGUUUGGCGUGUGGAAGUUUUUAGUACCAAACCUUAUAUCACUCACACCUCAUGGAUGGUUACGAAGCAACAAGAAUUGUGUUCUCAAGAAUCCAAAACUUAGACCCUGAAAAUGCAUCCAAAAUCAUGGGUCUACUACUCAUUCAAGACCAUGGUGAGAAAGAAAUGAUUAGGCUAGCAUUUGGUCCAGAAGCUCUUGUCCACUCAGUGAUUCUCAAAGCUAGAAAAGACUUGGGACUAACUUCGAACUCUCCGUCUACACCUUCUACUCCCCCAUCUCCAUCUCCUUUUCUCUCAAGCAACACUCUUUCUAUGUCAAGGCAAAAUUCCACAGCUUCAAGGCUUGGUGGGAUAAAUAUUCCUCCAUCUUUAACUAUUCCAAAUCCUUCUUCAGCUAGUUCAGCUUCUUGGGCUGCUUUGUCUGAACUUCAAAGUCCAGAGGACUUAAUUAGUCCUAACAAUUUAGCUGUCGGGUCAUCUUCUUCAACUACAAUGAACUCUUCUGCUUCUUUACCCUUCUAUGGAAGUGGUACCACUGAUGUGAUGGAUGACUUUCAGCUCCAAGACCAGCUUUCAUUCCUCAAUGAUGGCUCUCCCACCUUAGGCCCCAAAAACCCAGAUUUAUAUUAUCCUCAGUCAGACUUAUCUUCAAGUCCAACUGGUGGUGGUGCUGACCCUAUGCUUUUUCCUUCAUAUGGUAGUUGGGGAGGGUCUUUACAUCGUAGAAGCUGUUCAGUUAGUGAUGUUUGCUUGGGUUCUGAGGACCCAAAUUCUGGCUUUGGAUGGAAACCUUGUCUUUACUUUGCUAGAGGGUACUGCAAGAAUGGAACUAGCUGCAGGUUCUUACAUGGUGGACUUGGAGAAACUGUUGAUGGUACUGCAAUGGUUGGUUCACCAAGCAAGAUUGAUAUGAUGGACCAGUGCCAUGAAAUUCUUAGAUCCAAAUCUGCACAGCAACAAAGAUUAGCUGCAGCCUCUCAGCUCAUGGCCUCAGCUUCUUUUCCUUACUCUCCCAAGUGCAUGAAUAUCCUCCUACAACAUCAGCAACAAAAUGAUACUCAAAGAGCUGCUGCGGCUCUAAUGAUGGGUGAGGAUAUGCACAAGUUUGGUCGAUCCAGGCUUGAAAGAAACGAGUUUUCAAUGAAUGGCGGGGCAGGAAUGGUGAACCCAGCUUCAAGGCAGAUCUACUUGACUUUCCCAGCUGAUAGUACUUUUAGAGAGGAAGAUGUGUCAAAUUAUUUCAGCAUCUAUGGGCCAGUGCAAGAUGUGAGGAUUCCAUACCAGCAGAAGAGGAUGUUUGGGUUUGUUACUUUCGUUUAUCCAGAGACUGUGAAGCUCAUUCUUGCCAAGGGGAACCCUCAUUUUGUUUGUGAUGCUCGUGUGCUUGUUAAGCCUUACAAAGAGAAGGGAAAAGUUCCGGACAAGUACAGGAAGCAACAGCAGCAACAAGUGGAGAGGGGAGAGUACUCACCUUGUGGAACUCCUACUGGAGUUGAUGCUAGAGACCCAUUUGAUCUCCAGCUUGGAUCAAGAAUGUUUUACAAUGCACAAGACAUGCUGUGGAGGAGGAAGUUCGAGGAGCAAGCUGAUUUGCAGGCUCUUGAACUUCAAAGUAGAAGGUUAAUGGGUUUGCAGCUUCUUGAUAUCAAGAAACAACAUCACCAUCGUGCUCUCUCCACUGGCAGCCCUAUUCCUUCGCCUACUCAGUCUCCCAAUCCAUUUAACCAAAACAUUGUUCUUCCUUCAUUCCAAAAUGGCCCAGAAGUCCCAGAGGAUAAUAAUAAUUCUUCAAGCGCAUCGCCGGCCAUUUCUGCAACUGCUCCUGCUGAUCAGCAGCAGUUGCAGCAGACGGCAAUCACUGUUGCCGGCAAAGAAUUGACUGAAAAUGGUGAGAAUGCCAAUGGUAAUGGCAAUGGGAAGCAAAGCCCCUCUCAUGAAGAAAGUGAUUUGCAAGAAUGUUUGGAGCACAACCUCCCUGAUAGUCCUUUUGCUUCUCCAACCAAAGCAGCUGCAGACUUCUUCAGCAAUGGAACUAGUGAGACAAAUGUCUCAGAUGCAUCAGCUUCAUCUACUAACAAUAAAUUGGCUACUUCAACAAUACUUCCUGCCACUUCUACACUGGAAAUGGCAUCCUUCAAGUCUUUCAACUGCCAAAUGCCAAGGUUCUCCUCUGGCCAUGGUGCAAUUGGAAUGUAUGCUGGCACCGGCGGACCAAUUGGAAUUUAGUUUUUCCUUAGAGGUCAGGAAAGAUUGAAGGAAAGUAUUAUAACCAAACAAACUUUCCCCAUAUCAAAACAAGAUCUGUAGAGAAUCACCAUCACCACCUCUCACCGCCAAUUAUCAUGAUCAUGAUCAUCCUCAUCAAAUACUAUACUACUUACUACCAUACAAAAUGCAUACGUAAAAAGCAGAAAAGGAAGUGGGUCAGCCACUCCUUUCUUUGUUGUUGUUGUUGUUGUUGUACUAUUUUCAUCUUUCAUUUUCUGUAGUUGAAGUUGAACCACAGGUAAAAAAAAAAAAAAAGAAGAAAGAACAUAGAGUCACACUGUCAAUGUGUAGUAGUAACAAACUCCUGGCACUGUAAUUUCUCUCAUUUUCCCAUUGUUUCCCCCACUAGAAACAAAAAUCCCAAAUUUAGUCUA